AUCUCUUAUCCUCAUACACGAUUGCUACACUGGUAAUUAAGGAAGAUGGCGACGCUCAGCGCUGCAGCAGCCACAGUUGACGGAACGGGCUCCAGGACGCUCCAUGCUAAUUCGCCAGACAGCAAGAAGAUCGUCGGCGUUUUCUACAAGGCCAACGAAUGCGCUUCCCUGAAUCCUGAAUUUGUAGGGUGCGCAGAAGCCGCCUUGGGCAUUCGGGACUGGCUAGAAUCGAAAGGCCACCGGUACAUUGUAACUGAUGACAAAGAAGGCCCAAAUUGCGAGUUAGAGAAACACAUUCACGACAUGCAUGUUUUGAUCACGACUCCCUUCCAUCCGGUUUACGUGACCGCGGAGAAGAUAAAGAAAGCCAAAAACCUGCAACUUCUUCUGACCGCUGGGGUUGGCUCGGACCACAUCGAUCUGAAAGCGACAGCCGACGCAGGAAUCACUGUAGUAGAAAUCAGCGGAAGCAAUGCUGUCUCGGUGGCAGAGGAUGAAUUGAUGUGAAUUCUCAUCCUCGUCCGGAACUUCUUGCCUGAUUAUCAUCAGGUGAUCGACGGUGAUGGGAACGUCGCAGGCAUCACGCACAGGACUUACCGAUCGAUACAGACAUGUAAAUAAUGAUCUAAUGAUUGAGGGAGAUCAAACAUCAAACGAGAUAUUUUAUAUCUAUUAAAAAUUGAUGUCAAUAUUUAUUAGAAUAGAUAUUCAUAUAGAUACCA